CUCAGCACGUAACUGACAGCUUACUUACUGCUACGCAGCAGCAUCAGAUCAACCGCGCGCCAGUUUUAAUAACCGCACCACCCCCACUGCAAAAAAAAAAAAAAAACCAAAACAACCCAAGCCAUGCUCCAUAUUGGGGAAGAAACCCCUUCCAGGUUUGAGUUACUGAGCAUGGUUAAAAAGCACUCGAAUUUAUUGGGAAAAACGACGGUGGAUGAACAUGAUGCUUCCGACGUUCAAAUGGACGGCCAAUUUUGGCACGACGUCUUCGAUUUGUAUUUCGUUCGGGGUAAGGAAUCGAGAGGACGCCAAGAUGAUGAUCUCAUAUUUUUUGUGAGAAAAUGGAGGGGACAUGAUUUUAAUGAUAAAGACGAAGGCUUUGCUCCUUACUUUGUACGCAGGUGGGCACCUGAGUUGGAUAAGUUAGUUGGUGAGAGUUUAUCGGAUGUGGAUUGGAGGCGCUCUUUUUACUUGAACAUGAUUGCACAUACUUCGUACUCUGUAACCGUAGCGAUUUGCAGUCACCGUGUACUUAGAAAUCAUCAAGCAGGGCAAGAUACACCAUUGUCUCCUAUCUACAAGGUUGUGAAGACUGUUUAUGCAUCUCCCAGCCGAGUAAAUUUUCAUUUGGACUCCAAAAAGGAAGUAGAGACAACGCCAGCCUAUCCAGAUAUCUGUUUCGCAAUAGAUGAUUUUGACUCCACUUUUGAUGCAGUGGUCUUGACAGAUACGGAUCAUUGCUAUUGUGUGCUUCUUAAUGCACUUGAUGGGGCAGCAUUUCCUAGUGACAAGGAAACAAAUGAUAGCAGUUCCAGUGACAAAUUGCCAUUGAGAGUAGAUACAAAUUCUAUGAAGACGAAAACUAGUAAGCUUACACUUUUUUCUGGAUUUGUCAGCUAUCAAAUGGUUCGGGAUGCUUAUGACGCUGGGAGUUCUCGAUUUGGAAGUCUUCUGUCACUUGGUCAUUCCUCGGGCAAAACAGACAGGCUUUACAUGAAAGGUCCUGGAGGACGUGGGGAAGUUGAAGUGGCUGUUUCAGGUGUUGCGGAUCAGAGCAGGGAGGAUUCAGGCCCUUUUUCUCCUGUUAUAUCAAAAAGGGGUUUUGGACUUGGCUCAAUUGUUCGUAAAGCAGCUUCUGUUGCAUCUGUGGCAGCAAAGCAUGCUUAUGCAGCAGCUGCUGCCACCUCGACUUCUGAUGAAGAGAUGAUACCUCUCAAAUGCUGCUUAAUGUCUAUAACAUUGCCCUGGGAGCACAUUGCUUAUGAUCUUUUGUUCAAGGGAAGUCCUCCGGUGAACUUGUAAUUUUCUUGUAUUCCCUGUUGCCAAAAUCCGCUAAACAGAUGGUCAGACGCAACCUGCAGAAGGAAAAAGCAUUCGAGAAGUGCACUUUCCAAGAAUGUGCAAAUUUCCACCUUCCAGAGCAUGAAAGGAGAUUCUCUCUACUCAUAUAUUGAUGUGGGUUUGGGUGUCUCAGGGCUGUACGUUGAAUAAAUGUUUAUUAUUAACUGUAAAUGCUAAUCUGUUCUUUACAUGACUUCAUUGUAUCAGAUUGUUUUAUUACAUUCCUAAUGAAUUCAGAGGUUUUACAUUCGA